CCGACGCCGCUUAUAUCUGGGGACGGCGGGGGCUGGGCAUCUCGAGACUCUGCCACUUUACUUUGUUAUUAAUCAACAUGCCCGGGAACGCUACUAUCAACGAUGUGUCAGGUCAGAUGUUUGAUAUCGUGGUUGUUGGCGGCGGAACUGCAGGACUCUGCCUUGCGGCCAAACUGAGCGACAAUCCUAACCUGAGCGUACUUGUGCUGGAUGCUGGGGAGGUCAGUGUCGAUGAUCCAAAGAUUCUUCUUCCCGGUCAGUACGGCGUUCACUUCGGUCAAGAAGAGUACGAUUGGAGCUUCAAAACGACACCUCAAAAGUUCAGCAAUGGUCGACAAGUCGAUUGGAACAGAGGAAAAGUCCUGGGCGGCAGCUCAGCUAUCAAUUUCAUGUGUUGGACGAAGCCAUCUGUUCAAGAGGUUGACGAUUGGGAACGGCUGGGAAACCCAGGCUGGAACUGGGCGAACUUUGAAAGACAUUUACAUGCUAUUGAAGGAUACCAUCCACCUUUGGCAAAGUCUGUUGCUGCCCAUGGGCUGAACUUCGAUCACUACAACCUUGGGAAGGAGGGACCCGUAAAGCUGUAUCAUUGCGCGACUAUCACCCGACCAGAGCGUUAUGCAUAUCAGACAGCUCUCAAUCUGGGCAUACAGCCUGCCCCUGCUCCAAUGGGAGGAGACACGAAUGGCGUGUACUUUGCGCCUAAAUCCAUCAACCAUGAGGAUUACACACGAAGCUACUCGGUGACGGCAUUUUACGAGAAAUACAAGGAUCGUCCAAACUUCCGCGUGCUGACACGCGCGUAUGUGACGAGACUAGUCACGUCGACAGGCGACAAGCUGAAGGCAGAUGGUGUAGAAUUCUCGUACGACGGUCGGAUACAUGUGGUUAAGGUUGGGAAGGAAGCGGUGUUGAGCGCCGGUGCCCUGAAAUCGCCCCAAAUCUUGGAGUUGUCCGGGGUUGGGAGAAGGGAGGUACUGGGGUCGAUUGGCGUCCCUGUCAAGCUCGAUCUGCCUGGAGUCGGAGAGAACAUUCAAGAGCACAUGUUCUCUGGAAUGUCAUUCGAGCUGGCGGAUGGCGUGGAUGAUAUCACGAUGGACGCGCUUCGAGACCCCUCCCAGCUCGCGGAACAAGCUCGACUCCAUAAACUAGAGGAAGGCAGUCAUACGCUUGGGAUAACUGGCUUCGUGUUUGCACCAAUGGCCAAGAUCUCGGAUAGAGCCAAGGAGUUGUACGAUGCAGCGAAGAAGAAAGUAGCCGACAAUUGGUCAAGUUAUCCGGAAGGCCUGAAGGAGCAAUACAAAAUUCAGCUCGAACGCCUUGACAAUGGCUGUGCGCCAUGCGAGGUUGUUCUGACACCGGGAUUCUUGACAUUCCCAAACCCGCCUGUUCCAGGAAAGAAGUACUUCACGUUGUUGUUCUGCCUUAACCAUCCUUUUUCGAGGGGCACAAUCCACGCAAUAUCCUCCGACCCUGCCAAAGACCCCGAAUUUGAUCCUCACUACUUCGAACACGACUUGGAUUUGCAGACGUUUGUCGAACUUUGCAAGUUUGCGCGGAAGAUGAGCAAGACUGCGCCUCUCCGGGACUUGCUGAAAGAGAAUCCGGAGAUUAAUCCUGGAGUAGACGUCGACAGUGAUUCUAAGCUAGGAGAAUUCAUCAAGAAUUAUGCUUCAACUACUUUCCACACCAUUGGUAGCUUGUCUAUGCUUCCCCACGAGAAGGGAGGAGUGGUAGAUAGCAACCUCAAGGUAUAUGGCACGUCGAACAUUCGUGUGGCAGAUUUGUCGGUUAUCCCACUGCACCUUGCUGCCCAUACUUUAAGCUUGGCAUACGCCAUUGGAUCGUAUGGAGCGGAGAUCAUCAAGAACACGUUGUGACGUCCUCGAAUGGUCCUAAUUUCGGCUUUCUUGUUAUGACAAUUUUCUUCCAUGUACUGUUCAUAUGAACCCCCUUUUGUCUAAUGUCAACGGUAAUCUGAAAGACAUUUUCC